AUGCCUGGCCACCACAUUCAAAUCCCCGAUGCAGGCACAGACAGCGCCUCCCAUUUCGGCAUCCACCACCCAGAAGCCAGCAGAAUCAACCUCCACAACCCACUCCCUCUAUCCGCCGCCCAAGAAGCUCAGGUAAAAGACCUUUACUACAAGCGUGUGCGUAAGCUCUGCGAUCCGGAAAUCAAAGAAUUCGCUGCGUGUGCGAAAGGGUUGACGAUCAGUGCGACAUGGAGAUGUAGGGAGCAGAGACAUAAGAUGAAUAGUUGUAUGGUUGCGAAUGCGCGCCCUGAGGAAGAGGAUAAGGCGAGAGAGGAGUGGUUUAAAGGUAUACAGGAGAGGAGGCGGAAGAAGGAAGAAGAGAGUAUAGAGGUGGAGAAGAGGAGGCAGGAGGUUAUUGACAUGACGAGGCGGAAAGCUGAGCAGGAAAAGGCUGAGGCUGAAAGUAAAAAGGUGGUUGAGUCGAAGAAGAGUUGGUGGUGA